AUGCGCUCGCAGGCCCCGCCCCCAGGCCCCAUGCAGACCCUCGUCUUCUUGGACCUGGAGGCCACCGGCCUGCCCUUCUCGCAGCCCAAGAUCACGGAGCUGUGCCUGCUGGCCGUGCACAGGUGCGCCCUGGAGAGCGCCCCCGCCCCGCAGCGGCCUCCCGCGGCGCCCGCCCCGCCCCGCGUGGUGGACAAGCUCUCCCUGUGCGUGGCUCCCGGGAAGGCCUGCAGCCCGGCCGCCAGCGAGAUCACCGGCCUGAGCACGGCCACGCUGGCAGCGCACGGGCGCCAGCGCUUCGACGCCGACCUGGCCCACCUGCUCCGCGCCUUCCUGCGGCGCCAGCCGCAGCCCUGGUGCCUCGUGGCGCACAACGGGGACCGCUACGACUUCCCCCUGCUCCGGGCGGAGCUGGCCGCGCUGGGCCUGGCCGGCGCGCUGGACGGGGGCUUCUGUGUGGACAGCAUCGCCGCGCUGAAGGCUCUGGAGCAGACGGAACCGGCCCCGGGCCCGCGGAAGAGCUACAGCCUGGGCAACGUCUACGCCCGCCUCUACGGGCAGGCGCCCCCGGACUCGCACACGGCCGAGGGGGACGUCCUCGCCCUGCUCGGCGUCUGCCAGUGGAGGCCCCGAGCCCUGCUGCAGUGGGUGGACGCCCACGCCAGGCCCUUCAGUACCGUGGAGCCCAUGUACGGGGGCACGGCCUCCCCGGCCUCUGCACUCCUGGGCAGAGCCAGGCACGUCAGUCCCGGCCUUGGGGCCAGCAUCCUUCCUCCAGGGAAGGGCCCCGGGGCCUCGCCCAGGGAGGGGCUCCUGGCCCCCCUGAGCCUGCUGGCCUUGCUGACCGUGGCGUUGGCCGUGCUGUAUGGGCUGUCCCAGGGCUCGCCUGAGCAGUAG